ACUGAAUUACUGAAUGAUUUUAAUACAUCAACAAGUCAACAUUCAACAGUGAAAAUAAUAUUAUUGUUACAACUUUUAGGUGGUGGUCAACAUAUUAAAUUAAAAUCCCAGCAUGCAAUUACGUUGACUUCAAAACAUUUAAAAUAAGAGGACUUGGUGGUUCUGCAAAAAAAUUAAAUGGCGUUUAAUAAUCUUCUGGAAGUAGAACCCGAAAAACUGUUUGAAACGUAUUCUAUUUCUGAAAUUGACCAAGUGCAAAAGAAACUUCAAUAUGAAAUUGAAAGAAAGCGAGAGGAAUUACGGGCUAUGGUCGGCGAACGAUAUAGAGACUUAAUACAUGCUGCUGAUACAAUUGAAGAAAUGAGAGGGACUACAUCAAGUACUUUGAAUCACAUCAGUGAAAUGAUUGGCAUUUGCAAGAACUUGCACAAUACACAUCUAAUUGGUUUCAAAGUUCAAGAACGGCCUACACCCAGCAGUUUUCAGCAACCCAUAAACCCAACACUCAGCUUAUCUAUCCAAAUAAAGCUGCUUAUGGAAAUACCGGAACAGAUAUGGAAGUGUUUAAAUAGUGAUGACUUUGUGAGUGCUGCCCAAUUGUUUAUAAUGGCAAGACAUGUUAUUACAGGAUUGCAACUACAAAUGGGCAGCAAGAAUGAUAAGCCGGAAAUACAAUCGUUGCAGAGGUUGGUCCAACAGCAAUGGAACUCGAUGGCAAACUUCAAUGAAACCAUUAUUGACAUGUGCAAACAAAAGUUGCAAGAUGUGGAUAUAAGUGUAGAGGUCGCUAGUUCUUGUCUGGUAUGCCUCUAUCUCCUCAACUCGAAAUCAAUGGAAGAACUUCUUAACACACUUAUUCUUCUGCACAGCAACACAUGCUUACAAUCGACACUGGGAUUUGACUUGGCAAAAAUUUUGGAAGGUGAUGUCAAGGCACAGAUUAAAAAUAAAAUUGUCAAUGGUGUUAAAAUUGUUAUAAGGACUGUGGGAUUGAUAUUUGCCUGUUUUGUAGAAAAUAAUGGCGGGAAGGUGUUGGCAAGAUUAGAGGAUUUAUACCGAAGCGAUUCAGUACCUUUGGUGCAGCUGGUAAAGUUCAGUAAUCCUAAUGCAAUGCAUCUUCUGCCCUCUGUUAUAUCAAAUUAUAGGCUAUCAACAAAUAAAAAAAUUGAAGCUUUAAACAAAAAGGAAAUAACAUCGUGCGUGCAACACUGGAGCGAGUGGGUGAAAACAUUUAUCGACAAAAAUGUAGAGGUGCUACUCCGUAAUGUUACCAGGGUGCGGAUACUGCACGAAAUAAGGGAAGAGGCCUUUAAAGUGGAAAUACCACAAAACUGGUCGGAAAUCUGCACCGCACUGAACAUUCCUGCCAUGAACAUUUGGCGCGACUUCUUCCAGCCGUUGAUGACGUCACGCGUGAAAGCGAUCAUAGACAAUAGGUGGAUGAGGAUCUAUGACACGUUCAAGACUCAAUUACUUAUUGACCUGACAAAGGUGUCUUCUGACAGUGAACUAGAAAAGGAGGCAAAUAUAAACUGGUUCGUGUGGCGAGACUUGAUCGGUGAUACACUUAUAGAGUCCAGGACUGAGGUGGUUGCUGUUAUGAACUCAUUGAUGAAGGGAAUGUCGCGCCAAGACCGUGGAUUUACUCCCAACUUGGAGAAACUCUGCAAAAGUCUUGAAGACGAACUGCAGAAACUCCUUGAUGAUUUGACGGAGUACUUAAACAUCGGUAGCAAGAGAGAUAGACUUAUGGCUUACGAUGAUGACGAAAGAGAUGAACUGAUGUACGUGGAUAGCGGCCAAGUUCAAUCGUAUUUGUGCGACGUUACUGAUCGCAAUGUUGAAAGUAUUCUUGCAUACAUCAAAGCCUGUUUUGAAGAACCGACACUUCAGUCAACAGAAUUGCAAAAGAAAACAACUGCAAUAUACACGGCGCGAUUCCUUCAAGCAAUACCGAUACUAAUGCCUAACAUGCGCAAAUGCUAUAUUCCGGAAAAUGUUAUAUCGUACGAGAAUGGCGCGAAACGCUGGGCAAAUGUUUGCGAGGCCCUGAAGAACGAUUGCCACUAUUGCUGGGGGAAAUGGGUCGAGUUGGUAAUGGAGAAAGUUGAGGGUUUGACCAAAAGUUUGCCUCAAGGCUUUACUUUGGAAGAAAAUAUUGAUUAUUUAAUGAUGCAAUGGGACAUCAUAAAAAUAGAGGAAAAAGAUGAAGAAGGCAACCCAAUAGAAUCAACGAUAAAAGUACCGGCUGGUCCUUCGUUGAAACUGCAGCAGUAUUUGUACACAAUUAGCCGGUUAUUAGACGAAAUCGUGCCCCACACACUGCCUUCGCAAAUCCACGCCUCAUUCAUAGACAACGUUACAUCCAUCUCGCUUGUCCACUAUGAAACAGUGAUAAAACAGAAAGAGAAAGAUAUAAAUCAAAGGUGCGCGCUUCAAUUGCUAAUGGAUGUUAGAUAUUUGACAUUGCUGCUAGUGCCAAGGGAGAACAAGAAAUAUAUGGAGACUUCUCAAGAGAUUUGCGAGUUUUUAAGGCAAAAGAUUGAUCCGUUUGAUUAUGAUGUGUUCUAUCCGUAUAUACAGACAAAUUUAAAGAGAUCCGUACAGCGAGUAAAGACUCUGCUGGGCAGUUUAAUUCUGGAACACGGGCAGCUGACUGGUAUUAUCGGAUCGAAGCCGGUAAGCUCGGGAGGCUCCGGAGACAAGGAGACCAAUAUCCUGGCUUCUGCAGAUUCGCACUGGUUCUCCGUCCUGCCUGUCGCGACACCGGCGCACUUACACAAGAAACAAGAGAAACCGAUGAAAAAGAAGCAGGCGCCUUCACCCAGUUCUAGUAAAUCCCGUUCGGAAAUAUCAGAGCUGAUGUCGAGCUCGUUACCUAUCAACUUCGCGAACGCGCGCUCCGGUGCCGCAUCGUUCUUCAACUCAAUGACCUCCGACUGGUUUAGUGGUUAAAUAACACUUUUCCACUGGAUCAUAUACCAGUGGGAUGCUCAUUUGCACAGGAUGCCGGCUAUAUGGGUACCACAAUGGCACCUAUUUCGGCCGUGAAGCAGUAAUGUGUAAGCAUUAUUGUGUAUUGGUCUAAAGGGCACCGUAGCUAGUGAAAUUACUGGGCAAAUGAGAACAUCUUAUGUCUCAAGGAAUCGAAGACGAGCGCAAUUGUAGUUCCGCUCAGACUUUUUGAGUUUUUCAGGAAUCCUAAGCGCCACUGCAUUGUAAUGGACAGGGCGUAUCAAUUACCAUCUGCUGACGUCCUGCUCGUCUCUAUACUCAUCAAAAUAUUUUAAAGAAUAUUUACUGCCCGCACUAAGUUUUAGAAUUGGCAUAGAAGCAUUUUAAAGCUCAUGUAUUAUAACAAUAAUUUGAAUAUUUUUUGCCAACACAUCAUAAAAAACCUGUCUCACUAGACUUAUCCUACGUACUCUUAACGUCAACCCUUUAUGCCUCGUUCGCGUCGCUUGCAAGAUCGCAACGCUCCUGUGAUUUCUCUGAUGUUGCAAGAGAAUGUGCGUAGCUGUGAUCACUUAACACCAGGCGACCCGUACGCUCGUUUCUCCUUCUCUUCCAUAAAGUAUGUGAACAAUUUUAUUUGUCAUGUCGUCUAUACGCUAGUAGGUAUCGGCCUAGCGAAACUCUAAGAAAAAGCGAUUGUAUGGAACGUGCAUUCAUUGAUAGAUUGACAAUUGACGGCUAUAAUCUUGUAAAAAACAGAGAUAGCCGAAAUCCACUACGUUUCAUGCAACUGUUCGCUUUCAAACUUAGCCGAAUUAUACUUAGUCGCCAUAUUGUAAUUACUAUAUCAAACUUAUGUCAAAUUUUACUUAGGCAGUGCCGCCUCUUACUACGUAGUAUUUACAUCCUCUUUGGUAGGUAUAUUUGAGGUCUGCGGUACUAAUUUGUGUAUAUAAUGAUGCUAGUUAAUCAAAACCCUCGAUAAUGUUCAAAGAAUGCAGAUUUUCGUUCCAUAUUUUUUGCAUGAAUCCCAUAAUUUUAUUGCAUUAUUUAUAAUUUUCGUGUUUGUAAUGUUUGGCCCGAUAUAUUGUAUAUUUUGUUAAUGCUAACAAUAUUUUUCGGAUUUGCUGUUUUGUUGUAAAGAAAAAAUAUUCUAUAUUUAAAAAAAUAUAUAUUGUAUUACAUUA